UUUAUAAAGGAUUAUUAGUAUUUUUUAUAUAGAAGAGGUUUUGAUUAAAGGUCAAGGUGUUUGGUUUUUGUUCAUCUCUCCUUUCUAUUCGUAUCCUUCACGUUAAACUAAAGGAAAUUACAGAAAUAUAAUUAAAAUAUGAAUCUUUGGUCUCGAACAUGUUGAAAUCAGCAGUAUCACAUCAGCUCCAUCAGAUCGUGGCAACCGUUUUUCUGGUGUCCUAUUCCUACUGCAUCCCUGUUCUUGUAAACGAGACGAGCCAAGACUACCUAACCAUACCAGAAACCGGUUCUUUGCCCUCUCUCAGCUUAGACAAAGAAACCAAACCAGAAACCGGUUCUUUAACUCCCCUCAGCCUAGACAACCAAACCAAACCAGAAACCGGUUCUUUGCCUUCCUUCAGUCUAGGCCCUAGUUCUACUUUGUACAGCACAGCAAUAAUAGAAACUAGUUUGGAACCUCCUAGAAUGUACAGUCCAGUAAAUGAAAGCGAUAUGGACAUAAAUCGACCACUGGAUGAUACAAAUACUAGUGGAGAGCAUCCACUAAACAACAAUGAUAACAGCGAUACAACACAAAAUCUUAAUGGAUUCUCUACUCAGUCCUGGAGGAUAGAAGUGUUCCUCCAGAAGCCUCCAACAUUGUGAACAAAAAUCUCAUUUUUUAAAGAAUUUGUUGAUUUUUUUAAAUUUUCGAUUAUAAUUAAAUGGGAGAAUUCGAAUGAGUUCUAAAAGAUGUGGUUUUAAGUUGUUUGAAUAUAUUAUAUUUUAUUAGA